AUGAGCCGCGUGUUGCCGAGUCUUUUGCGCUCCUCGGCGAGAAGAUUCUCGCUGAAGCCGCGGCAGGCGGUCGACGGCCAGGAACCGCCGCCGGUCACCCAGCUCUCCGAGGACGAGCUCAACGUCGUCGAGACCGGUUCCAACUAUCUCUCUGAUAAUCAUAGUUACUUUUUCAGUCCGUCGCUUCUCGCACAAUGUGAUUAAACCGUUGGUCCGUGAGAUGGACGAAAAGUCGGCCCUUGACCCCAGCAUCAUCUCUGGCAGUUUUGAGAACGGAGUGAGAUUCUGAAUUAUUCAGAAGUUUUUGUAGUGAUGUAAUGUAAUGGCGAAGUCUGUCCAGAUUUUGAAUGUCAAGUCAUGGCUCAAGCUUCGCCUCUAAUGGCGCGAUAAGCCAAUCAGAGAACGAGCCACCCACAGAGCGUUUUUCGAAUGACGUCACUGUUUGACCAGACUAUAUGUUUUUGAGGAUCUCUGUCAGAAUUUCAAAGUUCAAGCUUUUCUUACAAAACUACAAAUUCCUCUUAUAAUGCUCUAAAAAAAGUGGAAAAUUCUCAUUUUCAAUCGUUAAUCUGUUUUUUUGGCACUGUCGUACUGCAAAUGUUCACGCCUUAUUAUUUUCAAGAUUUUCACAAAAAAACGAUUUUGUCAGAUUUCUUGAAGUUUUUUUAUCCUUUUUUUAAAAAAAUAUUGAAGGACGGUUUUUUUCAAUUAUUAGAAAUUUUCUAUAUAAGUUUUUUUUACGUAUGAAAAAAAGUCGUUAGAAGAAAAAAAGGAAAUAAAUUUCAAGAUAAUGAGCGAUAGAAAGCCGGAAAAAGCUUCAUGUAUCAAAAAGAUAGGAAAAAAAUACAUUUUUUUGCACUUAUGGGACCACUUGAUGGAACUUUGAUUCUAUUUUUUUAAAUAGUCAUCAGGUUUCAAUUUUGUUAAAAAAAAAAGAAAUCCAAGUAAAUUUUCAGAAAAUGAGCGUCUUAAAAUCUUUCUUGUUCAAGUAGAUUGGAAAAAAAGCUCUUUUCACUAAUGGGACCACUUGAAGGAGCUUUAAUUCUACUUUUUGUGGUCUUAAGGUACCAAAAAUUUUUGAAAGCUCCAUCAAAUGAGUUAUUGAAAGCCUAAAAAGCUUCAAGUUUUGGAAAAAUGAAGAGAAAAGAGCUUUUUUUCACUUAUGGGACCACUCAAAGAAAAUUCAGCUGUACUUUUUAGUGGUCUUGAGGUACCAAAAAUGCUUGCAAGUUCUAUGAAAUGAGUUAUUGAAAGCCUAAAAAGCUUCAAGUUUUGGAAACACUGAGAGAAACGAGCUUUUUUUUCACUUAUGGGACCACUUGAAGAAACUUCAAUUUAAUUUUUUGUGGUCUUGAGAUCCCAAUAAAUGUUGAAAAGAAUAAAAAAAAAGUUUUGUAGGAUGAAUUAUUGAGAGUAUGUAAAGCUAUUCAUUUCAGAAAGACUGGGGAGAAAUAGGUUUUUUCACUCAUGGGACCACUUGAAGGAACUGUAAUCCUUUUUUUUUUUUUGGUCUUUAGGAAUUUUUCAAUGAUUUUAGUUUCAAUAAAUUAAUGAACCUGGGGCUAAUAAAUAUUAUCUUUUUUCAGUUUAUGGGAAUCGAGGUCCCAGAAAAGUACGACGGACCCGGCGGCAGCUUUUUCAACACGGUUUCUGGUGGUCGAGGAGCUCGCCAAGGUUGAUCUUUAUCGAUUUUUCGCAUUUUCAUCUCUUUUUUCUUCAGAUUGACCCUUCUGUUUCGGUUUUCGUCGAUGUCCAGAACACCCUUGUCGCGCCGUUGAUCAUCGAACAUGGAACUGAGGAGCAGAAAAAGAAAUAUCUGCCCAAGAUUGCGUCGGAAUGGGCGAGUUUCGGGAUGAAUUGCUUGAAAUCCAUGAUUUUUCAAAGUUUUGAAUGGAAUUUCAUGUGGUUUUCUUGUUGAAAAUGUGUCUGUAGGGAUUUUCUGCCUUUUCAGUUUUUUUCUAGGGUUUUAUAGUUGAGAAAUUACUUUGAAUUUAAUUUUUUUAAAGAACAGGAAUUUUCGAAAUUAGAAAGAAAUCUAGGUUUUCAUAAUUUGAACAAAAAUUCCACUGAAACAUACAUCUUUGUAAGUUUUUUUGAAAAAUCUAGGAUAAAAAAAUCUCAAAAAAAUAUAAAUAUUUAGCCAACACUACUGUUUCAGCCAAAAACUCAAAAAAAUUUUUCUCAUUUAAUUACUCGAAAUUGUAUAAGUCGAGAUUUUUAGUGCCGUGUUCAAAGUAAUUUCCGCGAAAUGCAAAAUUAUCUCUGACUCUUCAAAAAUCUAGUUAUCUUUUUUUCAUUCUCUGACGACUAUUUUGAGAUUCGCGGAAUCACUUUGAAUAAGUAAUAAGCAUUUUUAAAAAGUUUUUAAUUUUUAAUCUAUAAUUUUUUAGCUCGGCUCCUUUGGUUUGUCGGAAGUCAGCUCGGGAUCCGACGCUUUUGCCAUGAAGACGACCGCCAAGGCUGAUGGCGACGAUUUUAUCAUCAAUGGUUCGAAAUUGUCCUUUUUCCACUGAACUUUGAUAAUUUUUUUUUGUCUCGAUUUUUGUUUUUCUCUGAGCUACAGAACCCUUACCUUCAAUACGCGCAAUAUUUAUCCCUGCCUGCGCCUUUAACAUAGUCUGUUCAGAUUUUGAAUGUUAAGACAACGCCUUAGCUCCGCCCCUAAUGACGCGAUAAACCAAUCAGAGAGCGAGCCAUCCACAGAGUGUUUUUGAAUGACGUCAUUGCCCAUGACAUUAAAAAUCUGAGCAGACUACAUAAUGGAAGUUCUAGGCCAAAUAAAAAACGCAGAUAGAGAAGCUUCCUGCGUGUUUCGAACGGAGUAGUUCUCUAGCUCGGAGGGAAACAAAAAUGUUGACAAGCUGGCGCGGAAUAGCAGAGACGAAUCAGGAGGGUGCCAUAUUGUGUCCACAAAGGUACCUCUCAAAAUGGAUCGGGAAGACCCCAUAAUGUGUCCAUGGUGAGACUUCCGGCGUACCUUUUAGCUAUCUCUGAGCCAUCUCGGAGGUACUUUAGAGUCUCUCUCAAGCCCCUCUCAUUUUGCUCAAAAUCCUCAGCCUGAGUUCGUCGGACAGAUGUUUUUUUUUUACUAUUUCCGGACCCCCCCCUCCAUGCUAUUCGGCGCGCUCCGCAACCCCCCCUCGGCUGACCAGGUCCAUCACUUGCCUAUGUAUGUCCUCAGAAGUAUCUUCGAGGUACCAUCGUGAGACUUCAGAGCCUGCGAUAUACCUCAGAGGGUCUCGCAAUACCCUUUCUCGGUUCGCCUAUGAGCCUACACUUGACAAAGACUGAAUAGACUAUAUCACAAUAAGACCUACCCGAACAGAGCAAUCAAGAAAAACACAUUUUUCUAAUUUUAGGCUCCAAAAUGUGGAUCACAAACGCCGGCCACGCCAAAUUCUUCUUCGUCUUCGCCAACGCCGAACCGUCCAAGGGAUACAAAGGAAUCACGUGUUUCCUGGUGGAUCGCGACGAAAAAGGCAUUUCUGUUGGAAAGAAGGUCGAAAAGAUCCCCAUUUUCCAAAUUUUAACGAUUUUUAGGAAGACAAAUUGGGAAUCCGCGCCUCUUCCACAUGCCCAAUCCAUUUCGACAACGUCCGAGUCCACAAAUCGGCCAUUUUGGGAGAAUAUGGAAAAGGUUCGAAAGUUUUAAACAUGAUAAAUCGAGCUAAGGCAGAUUUCUGUUUCAUUCCGAGAUUUUAUUUUUCAGAAAAUUCAAAAAAUAAUGAAGCCCCGAAUACGGAGUUGAUUGUAUCUUAGGUACGUCAGAGUGGUCCCUAUGGGGGUUAGGGAGAAAAAAUUUAUGAGGGGAAUCAAAUGAAUUUCCUUAAAGAGGUGAGUCUUAGGUGGUCCCUAUAGGGGCCAAGGGUCUUUUUUCAUUUAGAAGGGGACCCUUAAGGGACCACUCUGGAUUUCUUUAAGACUUUCAGCGCUCUUAGGAACUCCAAAGUGAUCCCUAUAGGGCUGAUUUAGGCGCCAUUGCAGGGUCCUCUCUAGGGACCACUUUACAAACCCCUUAAGGUGCCACUGAAGCUUGCAAAAGUGGCCCCUAUAGGGGACAUGCUAGUCGAUAAUUUUUAUGAACUCCAUGUGAAGAAGCAUGUCCAUGCGAAAACUAAAAAAAGAAAACUUUUUUUCGGAUGAAAAUGAGCGACCCCUCUAGGGACCACUUAAGCUUUAAAGGCUAAGGUUUCAGGCCCUUAACCCCUAUAGGGACCACCUUGAUUAUACCCCUAUAGGGACCACCUUGAUUAUACCCCUAUAGGGAUCACUUUUUCGGUCCUUAUAGGGUCUGUUUUUCCUCCUAACCCCUGUAGGAAUCACUCUAAAAAAACCGUAAGAGAGCUGAAAAUUAAAAAAAAAAGGUUUUUUAUUAUUUUCAGAAUGGUUUUUGUGCAAAUUUUACUCGAGAAAAAGAAAAAGAAAUUUGAAAUUUCACGAAAAAAAAAAUGGGGAAAAAAAGGGUUAAAAAACUGAAUAUCCAGGCUACAAAUACGCAAUCGAAUGUCUGAAUGCCGGCAGAAUUGGCAUUGGAGCGCAGAUGAUCGGAUUGGCCCAGGGCUGUUUCGACUACACGAUCCCUUAUCUUCAACAGAGGGAACAGUUUGGCUCGAGGCUCAUCGAUUUCCAGGUUUUCAUAUUUUUCGAACAAUAUUAUAAAGAAAUCAGAUAUUUGAUCAUUUUAGGAGGUUAAAAAGGGUCACUUUUUUAUCGUGAAUUUUUUUUUGAAUCUAAAACUAAAACAAAGAAUAAAGACCAGUGGGAUGAAAACCUUGGUUCAGCUGUGAGGCUCAAAUAACCUUAAAAACGGGUUUCAAUACGGGUAUGCCCGCUGGGAGACCGGGACAGCCUGAGAUGGUCUGCCUCCUUUUGAUUUUUUGACUUUUAAGAUAACCACCUGUGAAAUGAAUGUCCCGGUUUAGCUGUGAGGCUUAAAUAACUUUAAAAACGGGUAUAACCUCAAAAACGAGUCUUGAAAAUUUCAUAACGACCAGUGAAAUGAAAGCCGCGGUUCAGCUGUUAGCUCAAAUAACCUCAAAACGGGUUUUAAUACGGGUACACCCUCUGAGGGACCUGGCCAGCCUGAGAGAGUCUGUUUUCUUGAAAAUCUUCGAAUUCUCAGGGAAUGCAACACCAAAUCGCUCAAGUGGCGACGGAGAUCGAAGCGUCGCGUCUUUUGAUCUACAACGCGGCCCGAAUGAAGGGGAAUGGAAUCCCCUAUGUCAAACAAGCCGCCAUGGCCAAGCUCUACGGGUCACAAGUUCGUUCCUGAGCGAUUCUGAACGACUCGAAACGUUUGAUCUUCAGGUGGCGACCAAGACGACGUCGAAAUGUGUGGAGUGGCUCGGCGGCGUCGGCUUCACCAAGGAGUUCCCCGUCGAGAAAUUCUAUCGCGAUUGCAAGAUUGGUUCGUUUCAGAGCUUCUAGAAAGCACAGCUGAUAGUAAUUGAAGUCAUUAUAAACUCUAGAAUCAAAAAAUUUGAGUCAUUUUAUCAUACUUUUUAAACUGAACCAAAAGUUCAACGUACUUUCUUAGGAACUCCAGAGUGGUCCCUAUAGGGGCAACCUUAAGGUCAUUAAAUGGUCCCCUCUAGGAACCACUUCAGUAAACCCUAUAGGGACCACUAACGCUUGCAAAAGUGGUCUCUAAAGGGACGUGCUAGUUUAUAGAAGUUAUGAACUCGAGGAAGCAUUACUGUGAGAAAAACUAAAAAAAAUAACCUUUUUUAAUAAAACGACCUCUAUAGGGACCAGUUAAGCUUCAGGGGCUAAGAGGUCAGACUCUGAACCUCUAUAGGAACCUAAUUUUUUGGUCCUUAUAGGGGCUAUUUCCCCUCCUAACCCCUAUAGAGACCCCUCUGAAAUUCCCAAGUUGGUUUGGAAAUAGAACGAACUUUCUAGAGGCAAUUUUUGGAAAAGGCUAGUUGCGUGUAUUUUUCAGGGCUUUUUUUUGUGUUCUGUCGGCUGUAGGGAUCAUUAGAAAAGUAAUGAAAACCUUGUCGAUUUUCGUCUUUUACGAGUUUCGUAUACAUUUUUCUCAGGAAAAAAUCUUUUAAAAUGGAAAUAAUCAUGUUUUUCUCAGUUUUCCGUUUAUUUAAUCUACCCGGGAUCAUAAUGGACACAAAAAAGUGUCCCAUGAAAAAAUUGAAAUUCAAUCCGUCCUUUUUCAAAUGUCUUGAGAAAUUCAGGGCUAGGCAAAAAAAGGAGGAAAAAAAAAUUGAUCAUCAAAAUAUUUCCAAACUUUAUAUUACUGCUAUCUCAUCACACUGGAUUUCAUUUUUGAGCUCGAAGGUUUUCAAAUUUUCUAAACGAUCUUCCAAUUCACAUAAAAGCUUAUUUUACUUCCAGGAACCAUCUACGAAGGAACCUCCAAUAUUCAGCUCAACACCAUCGCCAAACUCGUCGACACUGAAUACAAGAAUGUCGCCUAA